GACACUCCUAAGUGGGAAGUACUUUAUGUGACUGUUACAAAUUUAUAUAGAAAAUAAAAACAUAACGAAGAAGCAUUUAUUUUCAUUUGUACUCGUUAACAUUUGUAAAUACUUUAGAAAAUGUUCCCUGGUGUCUGCUACGCAUUGCUGGCAGGGUUUCUUGGAGCCGUCGCCUCCUCGUCAGCAAAACUGUCCCUCGGAUCUGACUACGUCAAAGGGGUCUGUGAAAAUGGGCUCAAAUCAUGGGUAUUAGAUGAAAGACAUUUUAGGCAAGCCGACGACACUACAGUUUGCGACUGGCUGCACAUACCACUCAGGCUGCUGUGCGGGGGAUUGCUGUUCACCUGCAAUGCUGUCAUGUGGACUUGCUUCGCUAAAGCACUCAGGUAUUCCUCCUCUUCAGCAAGAGCCACUGUGACCACUACAGCGUCCAACUUCAUAUCUUCUGCUUUCCUGGGGCACCUGAUUUUCGGAGAAGCCCAUGCCAUGCUGUGGUGGGUGGGCAUCUCUCUCACUCUCACGGGACUCCUCGUGCUGCACACUGCUGCACCACACACUGGUGAACAGGCUGUUGAUAAGAAAGAGCAUUAAAACUCAACAGGACCAGACGCCCUGCUGGAAACCAAAUCAGACUCCAGUAAAACUGGAAGUAACACUUUUGAAACAUGGCCCACAUUGCAUCAUUGCACUUGUUCACAUCAGCCAUCUGAUGAAGGAUUUCUACCUGUAAUGGUUGACAAUGAGUUUGUCUGCCAUGUUUUCCACUCAUAGGGUAACUCAGACACUGUGAGGCAGGUUCAGUCUUGCAUUUCUUAGAAAAAAAAAAUGCAUCAUUAGCCUAAACCAAAACUUAACAUGCUGUUAAAGUUCUUAAGUUAGCAUAGGUUAUGCAAUACUAGAAACAUCAUAAUUUUCGUCUACCAAUCAGUAAUCUCUGUCAGUUUCAGAUAACCUCUCCUUCAUAUUACCAACCAAAUGCAGUUUUCUAAAAUCUGAAAUUAUUGUGGGUUAUUUUUCCUCCUCAUCAUUUUUAAUUGUUUUGAAAAAUGUUUGAAUCAGUAACUUGUACAUUUAAAUGUUACAAUAUAAGUACAUGCACCAUUUCAGAGUUCUAUUGCUUAAAUGCAGAAUGGAGCAGUGCAAUUGCUUUUUUUGGCUGGUGAGUAAUUAGAGUGAUUUGAUUACUGAAUUUAACAUGUGCAAUCAAUGUGAAAAGCAAGAUCGCAUUUGUUCCACAAGAUUAGGUGCACUAUAGUACUGUCCAAAAACACUAGUUUUCUAUUGUAUUUUGGGUUGUAUACAUUAUAGUAUGUUUUAAAUGAGAUGUCAACUACAGUUCUGUACUUAAUUUGAGAAGGCAAAUCUUAUGCAAAAUAUAUUUGGAUAUUUCCACUAAAAAUACAAGAGUAACAACAGUAACAACUAUAAUCUGAAACUCAACAAAUAGCUAAAUGUUUUUUUAAUCAAUUCAGUAAAAAAAAUAGUAGUAGCUGAUAUGGAAAAACAUAUGCAAUCCAUAUAGUCAACUCUCCUUACAAGACUUACAAUACAGUACUUUUCUUGGGGUUGGCGAUAACAAGAGCAUUGUGGCUGGCACAUUUAAUGUAAUGACUAAGUGACGGAUUGUUUACUCAAAGCAUACUGUAGCACAGUGCCAACAGUGGCCCCUGAUAACUGCAUAUCCAAAGUAUUCCUGGAAGCAAUACAUUAAUUUCAUACUUGACACCUCUGUAUUAAGAUAAAUAAAAGUGAACUGUUAUGCAGUGUAAAUAUAUGUAUGUUUUUGUUUUUUUUUUAGUUCAGAGCACUGGCUUAAAAUCUUUUGUUGUUGUUGUUGCAGUUUGAGAAACAUGUACACAUAAAUUACUGCAAGUGUUUGAAUAAACUUUCACUUGUGACGCUCUUGACAGGUUCCCCAUCUUUUAUGACAGAUUUUAUCCCAGGUACCAUGUUACUGCCCAGCUACUCGGUAGGCCAAUUGUGCCUUCAGAGUGUCUAAAUUAUUAUUUCAUAUUUCAAAAGUAUUUGCUAUAAUUUGCGGGUUAUUAAGUCUAUUGCCUAUAUCUAUAAUAAUUUAAGUUCCCGAAAAACUGCAUUUCGUAGCACCCUAAUGAUGUAUCCAGAUUUAGCUUUGCUUAAAAAAAAAAAAAAAAAAUUGCACAUACUGCAUAAAAAAUAAAAAAUAUAUUGUAAAACCCACAUUAAUAUAACAGAGACAGUUCUUGUCAUCGUAAUCUUAUGUUACCCAUUAUGCUAUUUUUUUUUUUUUUUUGCUACAUUUGUCAUACUGACUCGGAACAUAAUGUUUAGUCCAUGGAAAAAACAAGCAUGGCAGAAUUAUUAUUUCAUGUGUAUAUCUGUUCAUGCCACCGCAUUAUAAUAAAUAUCAUUGUAAAAUGCUAGGUGGGAACCUAAGUCAUGUCUAAAAAAAGGUAA